GUCCGCGGAACAACUCAUCGAAGUUAGGAGAAACGGAGGGCGUGAAGGUACUUUAGGUUCUUACCGCCUAACGCUUUUCUCCUCCUCACCAUGGCCGGCGAUGAGCCUCCGACUACGUCCUCCACCGCCGCAGUCUCUUCCCCCGUCGCCGACUCCAUCCUCUCGCCCCCACCUCAAGAUCCCGUCGGAUCACCCAGUCGCGAUGUGCCGGAGAUUCAAUCAUUGAUAUCCGAAGACGAUCAUGACCAGGGAUCCAGGGAGAAUCGCGAUCAGGGUCACGAACCCGCGGUGAAAGCGGCUGUUCUCCCUGAGGAUCUGAAACAAAGGAUUGUUAAGCAGGUGGAGUACUACUUCAGCGAUGAAAACUUGCCCUCCGAUAAAUACUUGUUGGGAUUAAUCAAAAAGAACAAGGAGGGUUAUGUUCCUAUAGCUAUUAUUGCUUCCUUCAAGAGAAUGAAGAAACUUACACACGAUCGUUCAUUUAUCACUGCUGCACUGAGGGAAUCCUCUGUUCUUGUCGUGAGUUCUAAUGGGAAAAAAGUCAAGCGACUCCAUCCUAUUUCAUUGCCCGAGACUAGGGAUUCUAAGUUAUUUACUAUUUUGGUAGAAAAUCUACCAGAGGAUCAUUCAGAGGAGAAUAUCAAAAGAAUUUUUGGAGUGGCUGGACGUAUAAGAAGCAUCACCAUUUGUGACCCACAUGUGGUAGACAAGUUGGGGAAAAGCAACAAGAGUGAUGUGCUGAUCAGUAAUAAGUUGCAUGCUCUAGUGGAGUAUGAGACACUGGAGGCUUCGGAGAAAGCUGUGGCUACUUUAAACGAUGAACAAGAUUGGAGAAAUGGCAUGCGGGUUAAGCCUCUUAAGCAUAUGAGUAAACAUGGCCAAAGGAAACAACAUUGGCGAGGACCUGAACCUGACAAAAACAGCAGUGGGAGAAUAGCUGACCAGAAUGGUCCUAACAAGAACAUUCCUGUGCGAGUAACUGAUCAGAACGGUGAUGAAGAAAUUCCGAACGUUGUAAAUGAGCAUCAUGACGGUGUGCCUGAUGAGGAGGAGGGCGAUCAUCAACACAAAGACAAGCAUGGACAUAGAGGUCAAAAUCAAGGACGAACUAGAAGACAAAAGUACAAGGGUGUCAACGGAAUGGGUCAUGGAACUACAACUUCUACCCAUCACAUUGAACUUUCAAAACCACCCCCUGGUCCAAAAAUGCCUGAUGGAACUCGGGGGUUCACGAUGGGGCGUGGGCGACCUCCAACCUCCAACCAAAGCAUAUAAUGAGAAUUUGCAUCAAGUGGGUCUGUAGAAAUUUAACUUUUUAUGUUUUUUACUUUGAUUGAUGGGCAUGCUAGAACGCGUCCUGGUAUAUGUCUAAGUAGCUUGGCCAAAAUGUAUCUAACCUUGAAAGAUUUGUGUCUUGAGGAAAUGUUAUCUUGUAUAUUGUUCACUUGUAUGCUAUGUUUAAAUUUGGUGGUUUUGAAUUUUCCAA